AUUGCAUUUCGUGCUAAAUUUUCCCUGGUUGAUCAUAACACCACCCAAUUAAACCAGAAGCUGAUUUAUCGGUAGAUGUCAACUGGUAGCUAAUCACAUACAGUCGCAAUCGAUGCUGGGUGGCUUUGUGUGAUUCGUUCUUGCUCUAAUGCGAUGUCAUUCAAGCCCUCCGGACAUCGUACCAAACAAUCCCACAUAUCGUUUCAUAUUAAACGUAUUCUCCAGUCGUCGAAGCGAAAGCGUUUGGAUUAUUCUCAUGCUCAUCGUCCCCCUUCCCCUGUGACCUUUAAAUUUGCCCUUCCGUCGUUGACAGGAUUGUCACCGUCGUGCGCACGUCCCACUUCCGAAUCCAUCGUGCAUUUAUACGGCUAUGAACGGCCGACUUAUGCGGUGCCGCCAGGCUGUUACAGUUCUGACGUCUUCGGAUACAAUCAGCUCAACUAUCCUGCCGAAAAUAUGGGAUCACUGCGUUUCAGAGAUAAUAUACCUCCAUCCUGCUGGGACGCAAACAAUAUCAUGAACACUGUGCCGUCUAUUGUUCAGCGGCUUCCUUUGGCAGUUUCUUUUCGCUCGCAGCCAACCUACGCUCCGACUGCGGGACAGUUGACAACUCCUUCCCGCUCAACCGCAAACAGCAACGCAGUGGGGAGUCGGCAUGGGCACACUGCUAGUAAGCGCAAGAAGACGUGGACGCGCGCGGUGUUCUCCAGCUUGCAGCGGAAGGGAUUGGAACGUAGUUUUGUUGCUCAGCAGUACAUCAGCAAGAAGGACCGAAGAAAGCUUGCUGCGACCUUGGGAUUAACGGAUUCACAGAGCCAACUAAUAAACAGCGGCGUACAGGCUUCGGAUCAGGCAGUUUUGGAAAGGAUACCGUGACCAUACUCGGCCGACCAUGAGCACACUGGAAAGGGAAGUUACAUGCAAAAGCUUCCUGCAACAUGCAUUUCAAAUUGUCUGCAGACACAGCAUCACCAAACAUAACGGCACCUAAGAAAUACAGCUGGUUAUUAAAUGAGUAUUUUUUCGCCAUAAUCAGAAUGUAUCUUUAUUAUGAAUGCUGCAAAGUCUUUUUACCUCUACAUGCGGCCGUAGCAAUCCAGUUGUACAUCACCGACGGGAUUAUAAAGGCUAAUGGCGAAGCAUUGCAAAAAAUCUGAAAUAAUGACCAGUUGGUAAUAGAGUACUAAGGAGUAAUGAUUUCAUAUUUGGCAGAAAACCUUUACAACGCACUUCUAAAGCCUCAUCGAUCAGAACUUGAACAUCUAGUCGCAGUG